CUCCGGCAACAAGCUCAAGAUGACCCUGGGUCUUCCUUGUGGCGCCGUGAUGAACUGCUGCGACAACUCCGGUGCCCGCAACCUUUACAUCAUCUCCGUCAAGGGUAUCGGUGCUCGCCUGAACCGUCUCCCCGCUGCCGGUGUCGGAGACAUGGUCAUGGCCACCGUCAAGAAGGGAAAGCCUGAGCUCCGUAAGAAGGUCAUGCCCGCCGUCGUCGUCCGCCAGAGCAAGCCUUGGCGCCGCGCUGAUGGUAUCUACCUCUACUUCGAGGACAACGCUGGUGUUAUCGUCAACGCCAAGGGUGAGAUGAAGGGCUCUGCCAUCACCGGUCCCGUCGGUAAGGAGGCCGCUGAGCUUUGGCCUCGUAUCGCCUCCAACUCCGGUGUUGUCAUGUAAAAAAAGCCUUGAAUUAUAUGCGGGUGUGUGACAAG